AUGGCCUCGGUGGCCGCGGCGGCGGCGGGGGACCCGGCGCCUGGCGGGGUGCUGAGUGGAGAGCAGCCGGCAGGACGGGCCACGGCCGUGGUGGGAGCUGGAGCCGGACAGGAAGGCGGGGACAGUCCUCUUGGUCGGAACAGCCCAGCUGAUCCCGACGUCCCAGCGCGGGGCCUGGGGAGGAAGGACUUCGGCCACGGCUGCCAGGUCUGCAUGCAGGAGGCCCUGGGUCAGGGUCGGGGGGGCCCGGGCGCCACCUCGCGCCACCACGCGGCGGGCCUGCUGACGGGCAGGCGGGUGUCCGCGCGGCCAGCGCCUGGCCCUGCCCACCUGACUGGCCGGAAGGGCCACGGUUCCCUCCCACCCCCGGAGGGCCUGUCCCUGUGGAAGGAAGAACACAGGACUCUGGAAACGUCGCCUCUCCUGCUACAGGGGAAAUUUGCAGGAUUUCUGGUGGAUGAAAGUAUGGCGUUCUGGGCCAGGAUCUCGAGGUUCCUCCUGCCAGGAACCACGUCCAGGAGGAGCACGAAGACCGUGCCCCCCCGGCGGCCCAGGGUGAGUGGCUGGUCGCAGCCCGUCCACUACUUGCAGAUCGUGGCCUGGAUCGUGUUCUUCAUUCUGGUCUUCACCACCUUUGGCAUCUUCAUUCCCCUGCUGCCACCCGAGUGGAGAUACAUUGCCUACAGUGUGACCGGCGGGAUCUGCCUCUUCCAUCUCUCGGUCCACCUGAUUGCUCUUUCCAUCGAUCCGGCCGAAGCCAACGUCCGCCUCAAGAAGAACUACUCACGGUCUGUGCCGACCUUCGACCGCUCCAAACACGCACAUGUCAUCCAGGAGCAGUAUUGUCACCUCUGCGAGGUCGCCGUGAGUGUGAAAGCCAAGCAUUGUAGUACCUGCAACAAGUGCGUCUCAGGCUUCGACCAUCACUGCAAGUGGCUUAACAACUGCGUGGGGAGCAGGAAUUACUGGUAUUUCUUCGCCUCGGUGGCCUCCGCCUCGGCGGGGCUGCUGUGCGUGGCCGCCACGCUGCUGUGCGUCUUCACGCAGUAUGCCAUCAACCCCGCCGGGCUGCGCACCGACCCGCACUACAGGAGUGUCUCCGACCAGAACACGUGGCUCCUGCUCCUUCCGCUUUUCCCCGUGAGGACGAGCGCGCCGGUCUUCCUGGGCAUCGGGGCGCUGACGCUGCUGCUUGACCUCGUCAGCCUCCUGCUGCUCGGUCACCUGCUCCUCUUCCACCUCCACCUGAGGGCCAAGAAGUUGAGCACAUUUGAUUACAUAAUGCAAAACAACAAACGGCAGAGCUCAAAGUCCCUGGCAGUGAAGAGAGAUGUGACCCCACAAAGAAAAGUGUUGUCACAGCAGCAAGAAGCCCAAGGAGUUCCUGCGAACUUCCAUGCACCUGAGUCUGUGCUCCACCACCGUAAAGCCAGAGGACACCUCGUCAUCAAAGGUAAACCCACGGCCAUCAAAGCCCACGGCCACCAGCGUGAGACUCGCCACGGGGGUCAGAGCCGAAGCAUGAAGCUCACAGAACAGGACUCCACCAUCAACAUCCCAGGCGAGAGCUCCUCGGGGCUGCAGAGUGAAGUGGAAGAAAUUCCUGCCGCCACCGUCCAGGUGCUCAAGUGUGACCUCCCUCAGGACCAUCCGCCCAGAGAGCUCCCUGAAACUCCAGGAGCCCAGGGACCUGCGCCGACUGAGAGCCCCUUGCAGGGCUCCUUCUCUGCUAGUAGGCUGCCUGUGGAGUCGGUCCCGGAAACCCAUGCUCUCCUGUCCUCUGUGCAUGGCCACAGGAAGGACACGUGGUCCCAGAAGCACUGGGACGUCCUCCGCAGUAGCCAGAAGCCCUGGAGCUUGGAGUCCCCGGUCAUCAACAUCUCCGAGAGUUGCCAGGAGGUGCCCCAUGCGUGGGCAAUGGCGCCGCACGCCCAGGCGCCCAAGGGCCUGCCCGUCAUCGAGGAAGAAAAGUAUGGGAUGAAGGUGGCCCCUGUCGCCAGCCCCGAGGAGGCCACCGGGCCCGGCGGCUCCACCAAGGUCACCGUGAUCAUAGUGCCUGAGGGCCCGGAGCCCGAGGACCGGGCUGCUCAGCCUGAGGAGACCUGGGCCCUGCGGCCCACCGUCAGACCCCGCCGUCCACCGUCAGACCCCGCCGUCCACCGUCCGUCAGACCCCGCCGUCCACCGUCAGACCCCGCACCCUCCAACUGGCUCCCAAGCCCAGUCCCGGGGGCAGCCGCCCCAGCCUUGUCUCUGUCACUCCCCUGAAUCGGGCCCACUGCAGGCAGUGGCCGUCCAGGGCACAGCCUGCCUCACCCGCACGGCCGUGGUCACACCUGUGCUGGCCGUGCUCAUCCCCGCCAACACGUCCCUCCGCUUUGUCCCCUCCCCUGGGGAGGCUGCCGGCUCCACCCGGCUCCUCCCCCUGCACCUGGACGCUACACGCCCUCUGCCUCCCAUCUGGGUGGUCCUCGGGGCGGGGGCCCAGGGUCCAGAGCCUGAGUGGACCAAGGACCAGGGGGCAGUGUCAUCCCCCACAGAGGGCGCGCUGGUCCAGCAGCCAGAGCCGGAAGACGGCUCCUCCGACUCCCACACCAGGAUGGAACCUGCCAUCCCAUCCUAUCACGAAGGGGACUCUCCCAGCUUGAACCUUCGGCUGAGCAACCAACCUCCUGGUGAAGGCGGGGACGCGCCCUGCCUCCGAGCCCACCCCUCCUGGCGCAGAGCCGGCCUGGCGGAGAGGAGGCGGCAGGUGUACCGUGAAAAGAGAGAGGAAGCGACCCUGGAAGAGGCUCUGAGGUCGGCUGCUUUCACCCAGGUAACCCGCGGAGGCCCCGGUCGGACGCAGGAAGAUGGCCCGCCUCCAGCUGGAGUGGGGGCCCGGGUUGGGGCGCCGCCGCCUGCCCCCGGGAAGGCGUCCCAGCUGCGCACCGCGCCCAGGGUCCGGCACGGACCCGCCUCCCCGCUUCUGGCCCACCCCAGCCAGGCGCUCGCCUCACCCUCCCGCUGUCCCCCAAACUCUCGCGGGGCGGCCCCACUCCCCGCCCCACCCUGCUCCCCUCCGUGGGGCCCGAGCCCGGCCACCCCGGAUCCCAGCGUUGGCCCGAGCGUCUCCGCAGAGAGGCCAGCGCCCGGCCGCCCCCAGCCGGGAGGCCCGUCCUCGCGCCCAUCCGUCGACCCGCGUCCGGGGUCGCGGAGGGCCAGGUGGGACCGCACGGGCGACAACCCGCCCCGCGGAGCCGUGGGGCCCUGGGGCCAGCGCCGACCCGCCUUGUAA